AUGGCCGAGAAAUGUGUCAAGACGCCGGCCACCGGCAAUCGGCCAGUGCCGAUGAAAUUGUUUGCCACCUGGGAAGUUGACCGCACACCGUCCAACUGUGUACCCAGAGUAUGUUCAAUGAAUUUAACAAAACUGGUACUAACCAAACCACUGGGAUCGGAUAUGUCAUCUUCGUUAACUAUAGCUGUAAAAAUGCAAGGAUCAAAGAGAACCUUAAGAACAAAUGAAUUGCCCCUGACUGUAAAUGGAUCCCUCGAAAUAGAAUUGCAGUUAAACUUCUGUCUUCAGUAUCCGCACUUUUUGAAGCGAGACGUUAACAAAUUACAUGUAAUGCUUCAACGGCGAAAAAAGUACAAAAAUCGUACUAUACUUGGCUUUAAAACAUUGGCCGAAGGAGUUAUUAAUAUGUCGCUUGUACUACAAAGACCUCUUGAUCUCGAACUAGAACUUUUAAGUGAUCCCAAAGAUCCCAAGUCUCUUAUCGGCCGUGUAUAUAUCACGUGCUUAAAUAGUCAACCCGUGGAUCAUGAAGAUGCUACUAAACCUGUUAUUGGAAGGGGUCAAGAUUAUUCUGAUGAAGACGAAGAGUUUAGCAGCGGAGAAGAAGCAUCUGAUUCUGAACCAACUUUGGAAGAUAGGCGAAGGAAGAAAAAUAUCGUGACUGGAAAUGCAAGACAAAGAAAUCUGAAACAAAAAUUUAUUGCACUUCUAAAAAGGUUCAGAGUUAAUGAAGAUUUGCAUGCAUUAGAAAAUGAUAGAGAGACCAUUAGUCAAAAACUGUCAGGCGGUGACAUGGAUCCAGCGGAUAUUGAAGAUCUUUUUGAGGAACUAGAAGAUUUGAGCGAUUCUGGGCCUGACUUGGAUACUUUAUCUAUUUUAUCUACACCAAAACCAUCACUUCGUCCAUUCUUUUCAAGCUCUCGUACAAAUAUGAUACAUGAAGGCAUAUCAGGACGGCAUUCCCAUAAGAAAAGUCACACCACAAGUUUUCCGCCCUACAACAGAACCAAAGGUGUACCAACCGUAGAGCGGAACAUUGAAAGAUUUAGCGAUGAAAGUUCAAAAAAAGCAGAUUCUGAUUCAUAUUUGGACACUUGGACGGAUAGUGACCCUACUCCGAUGAAUUCGUCGCCUCCAAAAAUUGGCAACAAUGACGACAAAAAGGAAAAUUCUGGCACGGUGGAAAAGGAAAAAGAAAAGAAAUCGAGAAUUUUCACCAGGGACCGCACUUCAUCAUCAAACAAGUACAAGAAGUCUCCGAUACCGAAGCAGACGAAUGAUAAUGAUCGCUCAAAUGCAAGUUUCGGCGGUACUGGAAUUUCAGGAGAAAAUGUUGGCUCAAUGGUUGAGCCUAGAAAAGCAUUGAUGGAACAAUUGUCUAAAGUGUUGCCACCCGAGGAUAAAAUGCCAGAAGUGUUGUGUUUAGUACACUAUGCAGAUCCAUUAGGUUGUCAGCUUGCAUCCAAACUACAGAAUUAUCAUUUUAAAGUCAUCACACCAGCUGGGUUAGCCGAUGUGCGUGCUACCUUUGUAUGCAUUGUUAACAAGAUACAGAAAUACUGUAAUUCUAACCCCAAACCCCCAAAUCAAAUGAAGAUAUUACUUGCUGGUUCUGAUAGCUUUGUAAACUAUGUAUUACGACAGUAUGUAGAACAGUUAUCAUUCAAGCCACCUGAUUGGAUGAAUUAUAUUAAAUUUUAUAUUAUACCAUUAGGAAUUAACACACUCUCAAGAUAUUUAGGUACAGUUGACAGCUUUUAUGGUACAACAUUUCUGUUCAAAGAAGAUUACUGGAAGGAACAAUUGGAAUGUGGUGAUGGAACAGAUAUAAUACUUAAAAUCCAAAAUUACAUCAUGGAAGCAUCUAAUACAAUUCAGUUGCAGAUUGCUGAAGCAAUGCUAUCAUAUAAAGAAAAAAGUUCGGAUGAUGAAGCCUUACAAACAUUCAUACCUUUUGUCAAUGAUGUGAGAAUUUGUUCUGGGGAUGCAGCAUCAGGCUCAAAUGAUACAGAUGAUCAAUGCUCAAUUAUCAUUGAUCGUAAGUCCAUCCUAGACAAAACAACGCCACCCAAUUCACCCAAUAUUGGUAUGCAAUAUUUGCCUCCACCUACAAAGCAAGUCAAUUGGGAGCUAUGUGAGCCUCUAGAAUUACAACUUGACUAUUGGUUGGUGCCAAACACUAACAGAGAAAUAACUGCUCGAGGCAGUGAACCAAGCAGUAAGCGAGUGGAUACCAAAUUCACAUUAAAGACUGGUUUUAAGAGCUUACACAUCUCAAGACUGUUUUUGACCAAUGAAGAACCACUAGCAUUUUUUACUGUGAGCUAUAUUAAGGAAAAAAAACAAAAAAUUAUGCGACUGGGAAAAAAGAAAGAGAAGGAAAAAGACUUAGAUCCCAAGAAUCAAGUAAUUGACAGUGUAUUAAGAUUAAUCUGCUCACCAAAAACUCAACAUUAUCCUCUCACGAUAACUAUUGAUGGAUAUGAGUGGAGUGGUGUUAAGUUUUUCCAAUUGUCAUCACAAUGGCAAACACACAUCAAACAUUUUCCAGUUGCAGUUUACUCAUUGGAUUAUCAACCAGCAAGUUUACCGCACUUAAAUCGUGGACUUUAAACUACCAUAAAUAUUUAAAGCUGUUUUCUUACACCUAACUUAAAUUUUAAAAAAAAACAGAAC